AUGAAUAAAUCGAAUAUGAGUAAUGACGAUAACUGCGUCUCUGCAGUUUGUAACACAUUCUGGAUAAUUAUUGCCUUAGUUUGCUUACUGGUAGAACCAACUAAUUCUUCAAAUUCUUGGUCAGAUAAUACUGACUUGAAUUCACCGACAAGGAAAAUGUACUGUCCUGAUCUACAGCCGCAAUCAUCGCUAGAUCUGGAAGAAAUAAUGGAAAAAUGGUACGUCAUGGAAGUUAUUAAACACAAGGUGGACCCUCACAGAGCAACGAUAAGUGGCCAUUAUGUCGUCAACAGCUGUCCUAUAGUCACAAUUCAAUCCGCCAACCGAGGUAGACUCAGAUUACUUUGGACCGAAGAAGCUGGCAACCUGGAAUACUUUUUCAGGAUACCUGAUCCCUUUGAUGGACCUGGAUUUUGGGACUCGAGGGAACUGCAAAAUGGCACUUUAUUGAGCAGCAACUACACCCAGUUUGUGGGAAAGGUGCAGGUCAUGAAGGCGGUUGGAUCACAUAUGGUCUUGACGUUUUGCUCUACAACUACUGAUAAUCAAUUAUAUUCCAUACUUUUAUCACGUGAGCAAAGUCUCCAGAGCAGCGAUGCAAAUGGUGUUCAUAAUUUGCUCGAAAGGAAUAAAUUGAAAAUCCGUAGUGUACAGAAGACUUGCAGAAAUUCUGCAAGCAGGUUUAGAAUGAAAAUCUCUAGUUGGAUGAUGAAUGCUGUUUUAGUUGCUUUAAUAUCUCAAAUGAAGAGCGGCACAUUUGAAAUAUAGAUUAUAAAUUAUGAUUUGCAAUGCAAAACAUAACGUAACCAUAGGUAUGUGUAUAAUUAUUUUUGUGAUAAACAAAACUGAAUGUGCGCUGAAAAUGUUUUUUGUUCAAAUAUGAAUAUUAUAUACAGAUAUAUUGCUUGUUGAGCUUGGUAUAAAAUAAUAUUAUAAUCCAUGAUGACAAUAUGACAAUUUAAAAUUUAGACUCGUUAUUUAAAAAUACAGAAAUAUAGGUAUAUUAAAUGUAUAUAAAGAGAGAAAAAUUGUUAGUUGUCCUUAAAGUAUAUAUGUAUGUUUGAAAACAAGAACAUAUCUACGUUGAUAUUAUCAUAGAUUCUAUUGAAAAUAAAUGUGAUUCUACAAUUAA